AUGGCUUCCCCUCAAGCAAAGGCCGACGCGGCCAAGGCAGCUCUCGCAUCGACUGCGACUUGUACAACAGCUACAGUUGUGGCCCUCAAGGAAUUGCUGCUUCCCGAUACCGAAACCUCAUCUACUACCUCUCAGACGAACUCUCGAACUACUUCCCGAGCGGCGGCGCACUCCAAGGCGAAGAAGACCACGGCGGCGCGGACAAAGUCCAGCGAGGAGCAACUCUCAGCCAAGGAUCGUGCUGCUCUUGCGACCAAUGUUAUUAACAUUGCGAUCAAAUCUCUUACCGAAGCUGCAAAGCCCGCACCACCGUCGACACCGAGUAAACGACAGCCCUCUCAUGGCGACCUACGAAAGGCUGCGGCGCCACGAACGUUGCGCAGAUCUUUAUCCGCGCCCCUAUCACCACUACAUCCAAGAACCUUGAAUCGGGUCGCUACCUCACCGAACAUAUCCUCGAAAGCAGCAUGUCAACCAACAGCUCAGUCAACAGGGUGUCUGGCAACUGUUGAGUGUGCGCGAGUCGCCUUUGCCUGUCUUCGAUCGAUCAUGGGUCCCAUCCAGCCGACGCAAACUGACUUUCAACUCGAGAAUGGCAUGUCGGCAUUCAUUGGCAAACUUCUUGGUCUUGGAAUUCAGGAUCAAGCUCUUAAGGAGUUGAGGAUACUGAAGCGAAGGCUAGACACAUCGAGCAACAAGACAGCCAAGUCAACAUCAGCUGAAGGACAAACAGCCUCCCAAGUCAUCGCCGAAUUGCUCGACUAUGAUGGAAUUGUGCCCGAUCACCUUCUCUCAGUUGUCACAGGAUGCCAGGUUCAGGUUCUCCGCUGGAUCUCUCAUUCUAAGAAGCCAGCCCAGAUUGAAGCAGCACUCCCCUUCCUCGAGGAAACUCACUCUUCAUCCCCGAUCAAGUUGUUUGAAAGGAUGGGAACGCAAAACGAAAAGGAGACACAGAAGGCGGCUCGCCAGCUUGCAUCACUAUCACAGACUCUUCUAUCACUGGCACCCAGCGUUUCCAGCAAAGAGGACCAGGUCGCGACAGAACCAAGACUCAGUCCCACGCCAAUCUCAGCUUUCAAGCUCCAAGUCCUUUGUUUCAAGUCUCAGUUACGGUGGUGGAAAAUGGCUGGUCAUAAGGGGAAUGUUGAUGACGAGGUUCUUUCACCGUUUGUUCGUUGUGUUCGGGCCUUGACACGACGACACACAUCCACAACCGGACCAAUCUAUGAGACAAUUGCUACCUCAUUCAAUGAUCUCUUGGAACUCAUUGAGGGCCAAGAGUCAAAGGCCACGACCUCAUCCAACUCACCUCUGGCAUCGAUGUAUCAGCUCCUGGGAAUCGCAGCCCAAACCGACCGACAUUAUGAUUCGGCCUGCGAAUGGUUUCAACUUCUCAAAGACAUGCUUGAUCCCGAACAUGAAUCAGCAACUCGCAUCUUUUCGAUAUCAGCUCGUCUUCUUGCGGCAUCGUUGAAACAAGCCAACUAUGAUUCACAUACGGAGCAGCUCAUUCAUGAGGUUGUUGAAGGCCUUGAUGGUAGCUUGACUGGCAACAUCACCGAGCUUAACGACUUGUUGGAGAGCCUGUCACUUGCCAGACGAUCGGCUGUCGGGCUUCUCGUGAGCAGAAUCAACGAGCCCAAGACGGAGAACCCAGCAUUGGACUCUAUCUUGGGGCCUUUGAAGACAUUCAUCAUGCGAUUUCCUCGAUUCAGUCGCCGUUGGCUUGGCUCUAUCCCUGGAAAGGAGGCGACCGCCAAGAUUCUCCUGCAAUUCGAUCAGCGGCGUCAAGUGCUGAUGCAGACCAUCAACCAGAUCCUUGACGGUGCGCUAAUGGUGCUCAACGGUGAUAUUCAAUCUGGCUCGACAACUUGGAAAUCCAUGGAUGAAGUGCUAUGGGAUUGCAACAAGCUUGUAGAAUCUAUCCUCGACCCGACUAUCUCAGUUGCACGAACGGAACAGCUCAACACCUACUUUAUCAAGAUCUCCAGCCUCUACUUCGCCAGAUACAACCAGCUACGGAAAGAUGUCGGCAAGUCUAAGCAAAUCAACAAAGAGGUUCUCCAGUCUCUUAGCCGUUCUAUCGAGAUGAUCCAGGAUCGACCCAUGGCUCAGCAAGAAAAGGCCCAGAUAUCGACAAAGCUGGAGCUCUUUGCAGAUCUCUGCAAGUCCGCCAACCGCAGCAGUGAUGCUAUUCGCACUCUGAGGUCCAUCUGCACCAACAUGAUUGAGGAGGGUGCCUUAGUCAAGGUGACAGCUGCACUUGGCUCUCAACCGCCGAGCCUCGCAUGGAACGCUGAUGAAAAGGCCGAAACUUUGUCUCGCACACUACGGUCAAUUGCCAAGCUUGAUCACUCAUGGAACGAUUGGGCCUUCUUCCUGCCAGAGGGCGAGCGCGCUGCUGUGUUGGAACACUUGAUGCAAAUCGUUGGAGAAGCGGGUGCUCAUGGGCAGCCUCUCAAGCUCCACGAUGCUUCAGUUCAAGCCCUUUUGCGAAUCUAUACACUUGACCGUUUCCCCAUUCGAAGACUCCGAGUGCUCCUUCAACUACUCUUCCAGAAUAUCGGAGAGGAAAACGACAUGGAGGAGAUCGGAAACAUGGUUGAUGAAGUAGCGCAGUUGCUGGAUGGCAAGACGCUCGGUGAAGACGCCGCCUUGACCCGAUAUAUCCCACACCUUCAGGCCUAUCAGAAGUCGGUCUUGGCCUUGGCCGUGACUGAUGAGAAGUUUCCUGUCUCUGUUAUGGCUGAGGCCAUCUCUUGCUGGAAAUCCAUGACCGAAACCUGCAGUUCAAGGGCUGACCUUUACGAGCGCAUCGAUAACCCCGACGGUCUUGUCGCCCACCUCCAGUCGGCCAGCCAGUUUGCCAGUCUCCGAGGCGAGAACAGCCUUCAGCUUGCCAUCCUCGAACUAUCGACACCUCUCUCCAAGAUUCUGGCAGAACCGACAUAUAACAACGUAAUCCUUAAUCACACUCUUCUGGCCUCUCAACAUCUCAACAUUGGCCACUUCUCUGAGGCCAAGAAGACGCUCGAAGCAACCAAGCAACUUCUUGAUCAAGCAGAGGGGGCAUCUCGUGGUCUUGUUGCAGGGUUUCACCUCACCCAGGCCGAGUAUUAUUCUGGUAUCGGUAGCAUCGAUGAAGCUAACUCCUCCCUGGCGGCUGCCAAGGCCAUCUAUGAUGGGUCAAUCUCGUCUUGGGCUCUGUCAAAGUCCCAAGUCAACAUGUCCCUCGCCCUCAGCUCAUUCCUCGACUCCGUCUUGGCAUUGAAGCAAGGCAGAGUUCAAGAAGCUCUCACUUGUAUCAAGUCCAGUGUUCGGAUUCUCUCGCACGACUGGUCCAAGAUUGAGACGUCUUCAUCCAGAGCCACCAGUCCGAGUGAUCUCAACGCUUCAAUUGCCAGUAUUGAUAGUGUCAAGGCAGGCUCUAAGCUCGGCCAGGUCAUCGGUCCCCGGUUCUGGGCCCUCGCCUUUCCUCUUCUGCGUGGUCUUUUGCACAUUUCUUCAGUAUAUGCUCAUCUAGGCAUGUUCCAGGAGACCAUCUACUACGCAGAGUCAGCUCAAAAGAUUGCUGAGAGCACAGGUUCACCCAUGUACCGAGCGCAGGUGCUUGCUUGGACAGGCUCCAUCUAUCAUCGUGCCGGGAAACUCACCAAGGCAAUCGAUUUUGGCAGCGAGGCUUUUGAUGAGCUACCUCAGGAUAUUUGUGCCUCUCGAGUUGAAGUUGCAUGUCAACUAAGUGAUCUAUAUCGAGAUAUGGGAGAUGAGACCAAGGCGCGAGAACUGCUUCAGCUGGCAGAGGAAACCGCUCAGCGCCUAGGAGAUCAUGGAAAGGUGUUGAAGAUUCAAAACGAGACCAAGAAGGCUGCAGCCUCAACAACUCGAACACGAGCUGCCGCUGCGACACGGACAACAAGAGCUACGACGAGAACGACUAGAGCCAAGACUGCUGCCACUCCCGCUCCACGAACUCGAAAGCGGGAACCUGCUGUUAAGGCUCAGCCGACUUCGACAGCGGAGGUGUUGAAGCUUCCCAACGAUGUGUACCAGGCAUCUCUCAUGGCUUCCGUCAUUCUGUCAAGGGCCCUGGGUUUCAUCAACCAGAAGGAUUGGACAUCGGCAUUGUCAACCUUGGAAUCUGCAAAGGAGCUUCCCAAGCUCUUUGGCACACUCUCCCAAGAACAAGUGGUGACGGCCAUCUCUCUCAUCGGUCACAGUAUGGAGCAGAUGAUCCAUGAUCCAGUCUUCUCUGUCAUCCAGGACUCAACCAUCUCCUUCCCGGCCAUCGCGUCCUCGGACAAAAGUGCCUCUGGGAGACUAUCUCUGAGCCAGACACCUCCUCGUAAAGGCCGUGCCGCGGCAGGGGCCGCGGAGCGAAAGGGGUCCAAGGACCGUGGCGUGCCCGCGUUUGCGGAUGCGUUGAGGCAAGCUCAGGAGCUUCUUCUGGAGGCUCAUGCUUCCACGUUGUCGACUGCUAACAGCACCAUGGUCCAUCGAAUCUCGGCCUUGCUGCAAAACACAGUCAUUCUUCUCUCGGCUACCUCCACAACGCAGUCCAAGGUCACCGCCGGAUCUGGGUUUGCCACUUUCUCGGUUGACUUGGCUCGCAAUGUCACCUGGAAGCGCGAGCAAAGCACCCUCCAAACAAAAGAAGCAACCCAGGCUCGGGCUCACUCGAGUGAUCUUGGCUCUUCUAGACGGGCUAGCCUUGGUCUCACAACGGAAAUGGCCAAGUUCCAGAAGAACUACAUCGAGUUGGUGCCUCACAACUGGAGUGUGAUCUCGGUUUCUCUCAGCGAUAACCAUCAUGACCUAUGCAUCACCAAGUUCCAGGCAGGCCACAGCCCCUUCAUCCUUCGGCUGCCUCUUGAGCGAGCCAAUUCACGAGAUGCGGACUCGGAGAUUUUCAACUUUGAACACGGAAGAGAGGAGAUGAUGGAGAUUAUUCGACUUGCCAACGAGACAAGUCACUCCGCCAGCCGUGACUUCAGCGCCAAGGGAGCCAAGUCUGCUUGGUGGGCCGAGCGAGAGGCUCUGGAUGAACGACUGAAGGACCUCCUGGGCACCAUUGAAACGACCUGGUUGGGCGGCUUCAAGGGAAUCUUUUCGCAGCAUGAGCGACGACCUGACCUCCUUGCACGCUUCCAGAAGAGCUUUCAGCAGAUCCUAGACGCCAGUCUACCCUCUCGAAGCCGAGUGCGAGGAAAGAAGACAACCAAGACAUCCAAGGUCUCUCUGGAUCCUCGCAUUCUCGACUUGUUCAUUGGUCUAGGCGAUCCCUCGGAUCCUGACAGCGACUUUGACGAGGCGCUUAAUGAUCUACUCUACUUUGUCGUGGACAUUCUUCAAUUCCACGGAGAACGCAACGCCUACGAUGAAAUCGACUUUGAUGCCAUGGUGGUGGAGACAUAUGAUGCUCUGCGCGGAUACUACAACGCUGCCAAGACGGGCUCAGAGAGGGCAGAUGAUGCCCACACGGUUCUGGUACUGGACAAGGCUCUUCAUGCUUUCCCCUGGGAGUCAAUGCCAUGCAUGGAAGGUCUCGCAGUAUCCCGCGUCCCUUCGCUGGCCUGCUUGAGACAGCUCAUUCUAGAGUCACAGCCAUCAAAUAGGGGAGACGACGUGGAUGAAGACAUGCCCGAGGGUCACUAUGUCUCGGCGGAGCGAGGCACCUACAUCCUGAACCCAUCAACCGAUCUCGUCAAUACGCAAUCCACCUUCCAGCCAUCUCUCGAGACAUUCUCAACUUGGAAGGGUAUCGUCAACCGUGCCCCUCAGGAGGGCGAGUUUGAACAGGCACUGUCAAACUCGGAGAUUCUACUCUACUUUGGUCAUGGAAGCGGUGCCCAAUAUGUCCGAGCCAGGACUAUCCGCCGUUUGGAGAAGUGCAAGCCAGCUACAUUCUUGAUGGGUUGCAGUUCUGCUUCACUGACGGAAGCUGGCGAGUUUGAGUGCUAUGGCCCGGUGUGGAACUACAUGAUGGCAGGCUGCCCUGCCGUUGUGGGCACGCUCUGGGAUGUGACAGACAGAGACAUUGAUCGGUUCGCCGGUCGAUCAUUCGAGGAGUGGGGACUGUUCCCAAAGGGCAGGUUCAAGGAGUCUAAGCGGUCCAAGGGCAAAGCAAAGGCCGUGAGCGAGGAGGCCAUUGACGACGCGGAGGGAGACGAGCAGGUGACGCGGAACGUGUCACUGGCGGAGGGAGACGAGCAGGUGACGCGGAACGUGUCACUGGCGGAGGCGGUUGCGCGGUCCAGAGGGGCGUGCAAGUUCAAGUACUUGAACGCUGCGGCGGUGGUACUGUACGGAAUCCCGGUGUACAUCAAGCACAAGGGGGCCGAGUGA